AUGGCCACGUUGCGUGCUUACGUGGCCAUGAAAUGUCACAGAUCCUGGUUACUGAGACCUCAAAAGGAGAGCUCCUUCUUAGGUCAGGAAUGUGGGAAAGCCUUUAGUCGCAGGUAUCAUCUUAGACAGCAUCAGAAAAUUCACACUGGCAAGAAGCCCUAUGAGUGUAAAGACGGUAAGAAAGCCUUCCGCUGGUGGAAUCAGCUUACUCAACACCAGAAAAUUCACACUGGAGAAAAGCCUUAUGAAUGUAACAACUGUGGAAAAGCCUUUCGCUGGGGUUCGAGCCUUGUUGUUCAUAGGAGAAUUCACACUGGUGAAAAACCAUACUUAUGUAAAAACUUUGGGGAAACCUUUAGAUAUGGCUACAAACUCACUCGGCAUCAAGGGCUUCAUACUGGGGAGAAAGACUGUGAGUGUAAAGACUGUGGGAAGACUUUUAGUCAUCUCUAUAAAUGUAUGCAGCACAAGAGAAUUCACAGUGGUGAUAAGCCCUAUGAAUGUAAAGACUGUGGUAAGGUCUUUAUUUGUAGUUCCAGCCUCAUUCAGCAUAAGAGAAUCCACACAGGUGAGAAACCCUUUGAAUGCCAAGAGUGUGGGAAGUCCUUCACUAGAGUCAAUUACCUCACUCAGCACCAGAAGAUUCACACUGGGGAGAAACCGCAUGAGUGUAAGGAAUGUAGGAGGGCCUUUCGCUGGGUUUCAAGCCUUAUUAAACAUGAAAGAAUUCAUUCAGGUGAGAAGCCCUAUAAAUGUACAGAAUGUGGUAAGGGCUUUAAUUAUGGCUAUCACCUCACCCAACAUGAGAGAAUUCACACUGGUGAAACACCUUAUAAAUGUAAGGAGUGUGGGAAGACCUUUAUAUUUAUAUGGAUCAACCUUCUUAAACAUGAGAGAAUUCACACAGGAGAGAAACCCCACAAAUGUAAGGGAUGUGGGAAGGCCUUUAGUUACGGCUACCAGCUUAAACAGUAUGAGAAAACUCACAUGGAAAAACUGUGUAAAGAGUGUGGAAAGAUUUACAAUAAUAUAAACCAUAUCAAAGAACAUCAGAAGACUCACACACAUUGGAAACAUUGACUAUAAAGAGCAAACCAAGGCCUCUCGCCUUCAUUCAUUCUUUCCUUGGUGAUUAAUUUAUCUUAAGAAAGUCUUCGUGGUCACUUGCCUAUUUGUAGAAUAUCAGAAGGCAUACUAGAGGUGAAUUUGAGAGAGUGUAAAAGUCACUUUUCUUAAUGAUCAUAUUCUUUCCAUAUUGGUGUUUUUACUGAAUAAGUUGGUUGAGUAAACCCACAAAAGCCAACCAAUACCAUUCUACCUUUUAUUACAUUUCAGGUUCAUUCUAGGGGGCAACCCUGCUCAUGUGACAUUUGUGGCAAAGCCUUUAGUCUUGGCAUAUACUGUACCAGCUAGCAUCACCAUUCCACCUAUUUGCUCUCUGUGAGACACUCAUAAGCUGCUCCUUACCCCUGAUAAAUCCAUCAUACACUGAAGGAGAUCAAUUGAAAAUGCACUUAAGACACUUUACCAGCCAAACACCACAGCUUAACCCAGCCUGUCUCAAAUGUGCUCAAAUCAUGCCCUUUAUCCUACACUGGGCAAAAGCGUCUAACACAAAGUCUAUUCAGUAAUAAAAUACUGAGUAUCUCCAUAAUUUCUUGACUAGUAGCCAGGUAUGGUAGCACAUGCCUGUAAUCUCAAGAGGCUGAGAUGGGAAGAUUGAAAGUUCAAGGCUAGCCUGAGCAACAUACCAGAUUCCAGACUAGCCUACAUAGCAUGACCCUGUCUCAAAAAAAAAAAAAAAAAAAAAAAAAAAAAAAUUGGGAAUAUUUGUUAAAA